AUGGAUUUUUUUUUGGGUUCUGUCGAGCUUCUUGCUGAAUUUGACCAAUUUUUACAAGAACAUUUAAAAUUAUACGCGCAUCCCGGUCGUGGAAAUACCUCUUAUUUAUCUAAAACAAUUUACGAAGAAAUAAUAUCAUUAGUUCAAAGUGAAGUAUUGAAACAUAUUUCCAAAGAAGUGCAAUCUGCUAAGUAUUUUGGUGUAAUUGUGGAUUCUACGUCUGAUAUCGCUCAUGUAGAUCAAUUGACAAUAAUUAUUAGGUAUGUACGUGAUAAUGGCGAAAUUGUCGAAAGAUUUUUAGAAUUCAUUCCAAAUACUGUCCAUAAGGCUCAAGAUAUUGAAGAUGCUCUAUUAAAAUCUAUUGAGAGAAAUGGUUUGGAUAUUAUGAACUGCCGUGGUCAAUCAUACGAUAAUGCAAGCAAUAUGUCAGGUGUAUACUCAGGAGUGCAGUCAAGAAUCAAAGCAACUAACCCCUUAGCAGAAUACGUUCCUUGUGCAGCUCAUUCCUUAAAUUUAGUGGGAACUUGUGCAGCGGAAUCUGAGAUCUUAGUACAGCAUACAAGUUUAAGACUCAAAAACCUUUCUCAAACUCGUUGGUCUGCUCGACAUGAUGCUUGUUACGCAUUAGAAAAAGAGUGGUCUGGCACAAUUAUUGCAUUGAAAUUUAUUGCUGAAAACAAAUAUGAAAAUCCUACAACACGGUGUCAGGCUAGGGUAUUGCUGCAAAAAUUACAGCAUUUGGAAACAGCAAUACUAGUCCUUGUUUCGAAUGCAAUUUUGGAACGCUUCAAUGCUGCUAAUAAAAAAUUUCAAGACUCAAAAUCUAAUUUAUCAUCUGUUUCACAAAUGUAUAGUUUUUUGGCAUUAUUUUUACAGGACAUGAAAGAUAAACAAUUUUCCGAAUACGAGGAAAAAGCCAUAGCACUUUCUGGGGUAAAAAACUAUUAUCAUGACAACUAUCGUAAAGAACCCGAAAAUUUCAGGCAGACGAGUCACAAGAGCAUGAAAGAGUAUUUUUAUGUGGAGAAGAAAAUUUUCUAA